CAGCCCCCUGAUCUGUACAGCUUGACCUACACACACCCUGAUCUGUACAGCCCUGCCUACACUCCCAAUCUGUACAGCCCUGCCUACACUCCCAAUCUGUACAGCCCUCCACCCACAACCCCAAUCUGUACAGCCCACCCUACACCUUCCUGACCUGUACAGCCCCGCUACAUCUCCCCAAUCUGUACAGGCUCCCAUCUCCCUCCCCUCUGUUCAGCCCCUACACACUCCCUGACCUGAACAGCCCAGCAGACCCCCCACAUACUUUGAUCUGUACAGCCACACACACAUACCGCUGAUCUGUACAGCUCUGUGUACACCCCCGAUCUUCACAGUCACAUACCUCUGAUUUGUACAGCCCUGCAUACACUUCUGAUCUGUACAGCCACAUCCCCCACACCCCCUGAUCUGUACAGCCGUGAGCACACACACCCCUGAUGUGUACAGUCCUCUGCUCCCCAUGUGUCUGAUCUGUACAGCUCUCCAGGGUUUAGCUCCUGUUGUCUCUUCCCCUCCUAGAGUUUUCACCCAUGCCAUUUGCUCUGCCCAAGCACCGAGCUGGUAAUCUUUGGGGCAUGUUGCAAAACCAGGCACGUUUACUCAGGCUUUCCUUGAGCGGGGAAUGGGCUCAACUUCUGAGAACUGAGCUGUUCUCGAUCCUGCUGGUCUCCAUGGGGCACUGUGCUGGCACAAAGAUCCAUCCACCCAGCGCUCAUUGCAAACCUGGGGCCUUAGCGGGCAGACUUCAGAGAUAUAAUGGUUCCCGCACCCAGGGCCUCCUACACUCCUACGAGGAGCUGGCAGGGCUCUGCACAGAAUGAAGAGGUGACUCUCAGCCCCAGCCUGAUGCACAGAGCUCUGAGCGCUUUGUGAUGAGCCCUUCUCGGAGGAGGGGACUACAGAAACCUUCUACUUGUGCACUCCUGGAGAACGAGCCCUCCUCUGCGUGUGGUUCUCCCAGGUCUGUGUGAGGGAAUCUCCAAGAGGCUGCUGACGCAGCAGGGCUGUGCUGGGAGAAUGGUCUGUGCCCAGGUGGAAGUGAGCCCUGCGAAGUGCUGGCAGAAGGUGCUGUAUGAGAGGCAGCCCUUCCCAGAUAACUAUGUGGACCACCGGUUCCUGGAGGAGCUGCGGAAGAACAUCUACGCCCGCAAGUACCAGUAUUGGGCAGUGGUGUUUGAGUCCGGGGUGGUGAUCCAACAGCUGUGCAGCGUCUGCGUCUUUGUCGUCAUCUGGUGGUACAUGGACGAUGGGCUGCUGACCCCACAGUGGCUGUUUGGGUCUGGCCUGGCCUCUUCCCUGAUUGGCUACAUCCUGUUUGAUGUCAUAGACUUGGGGGUGGGGAGGAAGCAGAGCGGUCGGACCCGGUGGGCGGAUCUGAAAAGCACCCUGGUGUUCAUAGCUUUCACCUAUGGCUUCUCCCCAGUGCUGAAGACCCUGACGGAGUCGAUCAGCACGGACACCAUCUACGCCAUGUCGGUCCUCAUGCUCCUGGGGCACCUGAUCUUCUUUGACUAUGGGGCCAAUGCCGCCAUCGUCUCCAGCACGCUGUCCCUCAACAUGGCCAUCUUCGCCUCCGUGUGCCUGGCCUCCCGGCUGCCCCGCUCCCUGCACACCUUCGCCAUGGUCACCUUCGCCAUCCAGAUGUUUGCCCUGUGGCCCAUGCUGCAGAAGAAGCUCAAAGCGCGGACACCCCGCUGCUAUGUGGGGGUGACCCUGCUCUUCGCCCUGUCUGCGCUGACUGGGCUGCUGACCAUCUCGGGCGUCGCCGCCCUUCUCUUUGCCCUUCUGCUGGUCUCCAUUUCAUGCCUGUGUCCUUACUGCCUCAUCCGGCUGCAGCUGCUCAAAGACAACAUCCAUGGGCCUUGGGAUGAAGCUGAAAUCAAGGACGACCUCUCCAGGUUCCUCAUGUAGACUCGUCCAGGACACACAGCAGGCCGGCAGGACCCCUACAGUGCUACCGGAACAAAAGCCUUCUGCCUUAGAGACGACCUCCUGAGUGCCAGAAUCACAGAGAAGUGUGGGGGAGGUUGCAGUGUUAGAACAGAGCCUCUUCUCCCAGAGUGAGACAAACAGCUUGGUACAUACUAGAACUUCCCCCCAACAAUGUAUAUGUGUAUUGCUCUCACUCAUUAAUACUAGCUGAGCUCCAACCGCGGAAGCAUGGCAGAGCACAAGUAGACAGAGGACUGCAGGCAGAUGCCAGCAUUUUAUCCACCACGUUACCUGCUCAGAGCAGGUCUCCAUGACGUAUGUGGCACUUAAUACCAGCUAUAGGGCACGAGCGUCUUCUCCCCACUAGCGCUGCUGUUGGCUCUGCUGCUUGGGGAACUGAAUUAAUGGUAACAAUAGUGGGGAAUGUUUUAGCCAAAGUUUGCUGGUGUAGGCGAGGCCCACUGGAAUUGCUGGGUAUUUGGAAAGCAGCUUUCGAAAUCUCUUUGGCAAGCUGGACUUUCUGGUUAUUAAAAGCAUCCAAUCCCUCAAACCUCUCUGCCUUUGUCAUUCUUCUGUGAAACAGCCCAGCGGGAGCAGCACAUGGGGGGAAGCUGAUGGGGCAGGCAGAUCAGAUCCAGGGGCUGUAUUUUGUUAAAGGACAGAGCUUUCAUUUCUUAGUUCAGAGGUGUCACCGCAGAAGCAGGAGUGUGGGGCAGGGGGGCAGAUCAGGAGUGGGAAUGCAGGAUACCUGACUCUGCAAUGGAAGGCCCUGUGUUUGCUCCCAUUCCAGUGUUGCAUGGGAUUUCUAUGCGUCACUGUAACAGAACCAGUGAGAAACUCAAGCAGAGCACCCUGGCUUUAUCUCCCUGCAGGUUGCAAAGCUGUCGGGUCCGAUGUGUGUCUGGAAACAUCCCCAGGUUCUUAUUGCGUUGGCAUCUUCCCUUCUCAGGCUGUUGUAGCGCUGGGUAUUUCCGCUAACAGACAGGCACAAGCAGAGGAAGGGGAUUGUUUGCCAAAGGCUUCCAGCAACACUUUGGUGAGCCAGCUUGGUCUGCUUGGCUGGAACACGAGAUGAUGGACGUGCCUGAAUUGUCUGGCCUUAUCGUGCUGCUCCCCUUUGAGUCCAGUCCAUUACCGACUGACUCAGCUGUGGCUAGUGCUGUCUCCUUCCCACGAGAGCAAGACAGCUCUGAGAGGCCUCUCCGUUCACACCUCUGUGCUACCUGUGCUCUGCAGGACUGUUUGUUCCCAACACGCUUCAGCAGGGAUCGCUCGCUCUCGGUGUCAGAUCCGAGGGCUGGAUUCUGGGUUUUACACGUUCAUUCAGGGAGAGGCUUAGUUUAAAUCAUGGUCAUGGGUGUAACUCCCCCGACACCACAGAUGGGUUUGUUUCAUGCUGCUCAUCCAUGCACUCUUGCUCUGAUGUGUGAGCUGAUCAGCGAUCCAUGGCAGUGCUCCCUGCACUGGACAGGUUGGUGCUCAGCACUCGCCCUCUGGAACAGCUGUUCCCGCUAGUGCUCCGAGUCCUGCUGGUUACUUCAGUGCUAGGACAGCGUGGCGGGGAGGGGAGGGCAUGAAGAACAGACUGAGAGGAGUCGAACAGCAAGAGAGGAUUGGUGGAAUGGCUCAGCUGUACAAUAAACCCCAGCCUUAGCAUGCAAGGUCACCUCCUGUACCCAGACAGCACCAUGGAAAUGAUUAUUACAAUAGAGCAGUGGUUCCCAAACUGGGGUUCGCAAAAUGUUACAGGGGGUUCUCGUGAAAAAAUUCCCUAAUGGCAGACAGAGCUGUCCCUAGGGACCCCAGGCACCAUGGGGCCAGCAGCCCAGAGCCCCUGGACUUCCAAGAGCUAAGCAGAUCAAAGCAAGCACAUCUGUCACACUGAGGAGAUUUAAACUUCAAGACUCCUUAUAAGAAAUGGAAAGGGAGGUGGAUAUUUUUUGGUGUUUUUAAAAUUAAAUAGGCAGCUAGUGUUGUUUUUAAAAUUAUUAUGAAGAACAAGUUUAAGUUUUGUUCUAACAUGCGUUGUUUGCCUGGACUGCUCAAGACCUGAAUGCUUGUGUAGGAGGAACUCUUUAAAUUGGCUUCUUAAAUACCUUCAUGCUUGUUUCACAUCUGAUACUCGUUGAUGAAACAUAGGAGCCUUGUCUUAUAACAGGCUUAUUCAAAGUGAUACAAGUUACGAAAGUGACAUCUUGGAAGAGUGUUGCCGUUUUCAUAAUGUAAUAAAAAUACUGUAAUGAUAAAUAAUAAUUAAUAAUAAAUAGUGUGUAAUAAGCAUGUCAUAAAAACAAAUUUUAUAUUUCCAAGA